UCAGACCUCAAGCAGCCGCCAUUGCAGCCGUCACUGCAACGCGUCCGCCUGCAGCCCAGUGGCCAUGCGAGGAUACCGCGGUGUGAAAUACAUCCUGUUUGUCUUCUGCUACGUCUUCUGGGUUGUGAGCGCCAUUGUCAUCACAGUGGGAAUCUAUGCCAAAGUCGCCAAAGAGAAAGAUGUUGUGGACACACUGAUCGUGGACCCGGCCCUCCUCCUCGUCAUGGUGGGCUCGCUGACGUUCUUCAUCACAUUCCUGGGAUGUUUGGGUGCCCUGCGUAACGCCGCCUGCCUGCUGAAGACGUUUGCGGCCAUCCUGGCGGCGGUGCUUCUGGUGCAGCUGACAGCAGGAAUUCUGGGAUAUCUCUUCACUGAUACGGUGAUGGAGAGGACGGAGCGUUUCAUGAUGAAAACCAUCGUCCGCUACCGAGAGGACCAUGACCUUGAGAACGCCAUUGACUUUGUCCAGAAAAAGUUACAGUGCUGCGGCGUGGACGGCUACAAGGACUGGUCCAGGAACGUCUACUUUGAGUGCUCGGACUCCAAUCCCAGCAUGGAAGCCUGCGGCGUUCCUUUCUCCUGUUGCGUCGUCCCCAGCAACCAGACGAUGCUGAACACCAUGUGUGGUUUGGGAACGCAGCAGCAGGAUCGUGAGCGGGCCUCUGACGACAUCUUCACAGACGGCUGCCUGGACAAGAUUGUCCUGUGGAUCAGGACCAACAUGAAGAUGCUGGCCGGGAUGACGGGCGGCCUGCUGCUUCUCGAGGCGUGCAUGAUCUCACUGGCUGUGGCUCAAGUGUGCUGGAUCAACAAAGUGCACCAACGUCAGGCAGAGCUUGCGACCAGGAGAGCCUCGCAGAGGAAAGACGAGCUGUGGUUUCCCGCGUUUGCUGACUUUGACAACGAAUAAGACAAGACAUGGUGACCUUUGGUGACCUUUUGGACCUCCAAGCUAACGCUGGCUUGUUUCAGUCAAGUUCAUGUCAAGAGAAUAACUCUUUGGUGACUCCUUAAAGGCUGAAGACUUCACUACAUCUCAUAAUGACCGCUGCUGAUGAAAACAAAAUAAAAAAUCGCAUUCAAGUUCACAAUGUAAACAUGAUGACCUCACUUUUGGUUGUUGUUCUAUGAUCGUCAGGGUCAAAGGUGAGUUGGAGGCGGGUUACACCUUGGACUGGUUGUCUGUCAAUCACAGGACACAAGCAUUCACCCUCACAUUCACACCAUUCACACUAUGCUGUGCUACGCUAGCACAUGGCUGAUGGAAUACAAAAACUUUUUUAUGAAGACUUUUUAUGUUUUUGUACAUAAC